AGACCUAAAGUCACAUGACCAAUCGUGGUUUGUUUGGGUGUGUUGUGCUUAAAAAAGAAAGUAUGAAUGAAUGAACGGCAUUUACAAUCGAGAAGCCGACACGAGUGGUUGCUGGCGUUAAAAUAGUGACGAUGGAUUUACGAAAGAAGGCGGAGGAGGUAGCUGAAAGAUUACAAAAAUAUUACAAACAAGUGGAGGGGUGGACGUCAACAAAGAAAUCGAAAAAUUUUGAAAUUUCAUAUAUACAGUCAGAGGAAUUUUCUGGCCACUUGUAUAAAGGUGAAGCCAUUUACAAUUGCCCGCCAAAAACUGUGUUCGAUUAUGUGGAGCCCUUGCCUGAUGGUCCCAGAGCUAAAUGGGACACCAACAUGAAGAAAAUUGAAAUUCUCAAGUGGAUAGAAAAACCUGAUUUAAGAAUAAAUCGAGCUUGCACUGCUAGUGCCAUGCUUGGUCUGAUCUCGCCCCGUGACUUUGUGGAUGUUAUUCUUGUACGUGAAACAGAAGAAUCCUUUUCAACAAAUGCAUGUAGCGUGGAGCUAGAGGAAUUUCCCGAAGAAAAGAAGUAUGUUAGAGGCUGGAAUUACAGUUGCGGAGUAUUAGUCAUAAAAUACCCAUCAGACCCCAAUAAGUGCAAGCUCGUCAGCUUGAUACAACCGGACAUCAAAGGAAUGCUCCCCAAGAACGUUGUUGAAGCGGCCAUUCCAGGAUCCAUGGUGGAGUUCUUCACGAAGUUGGAAGAAGCACUAAAAAAGGAUGGCAAGCUCUCCAGUUGAGGAUUAGACCCGAGCUAAAGCUGGUUGUUGUUCACACUGUUUAUUUUGACAUUGUCCAAUUGUAUACAAGUAUUACUGUCAAAAACAAAAACAAACUACCACAUCGUUUAUUGUGUUAUAAUGAAUUAUAUUUACAUGGAAGGAAUACACGGAGACAGGAUUUAUUUAACUUCAGUAACUGUGCUAGUAUAUGUGUGGAAAUAUUGACUAUGUUAAUAUUGUAAUGAUUACCAUGGCAACAGCUAGUCUGUACGUAUCCACUCAUUUCUAAUAGUUACAUUGCAUACAUAACACAUGUUUGUAAAAAUAUCUCUUAUUAUUUCAACAUCUCAAAUACAAAAGUUUCCAUCAAAUGUUGAACUCCUCAGUAUUGCAAUAUUUAGAAAAAUGGUGUCAUUGUCGUCAUUGAUGAUGAACACUUAUUAGUAAGGAUCUGUUUAUAUACAGAGUAUCGUGUAACACAGCGUACUGGUAAUCAUCUAUGUAUUUAUUAUAUUAAAGGACAUUCUAUAAACACAGAAUUUUUAUUCAGAUCUGUCCUUGGAUAUAUGUUAUUGUCAUUUCAUUAAGUAUGAUAUAAAUAUAUUACAACAAA